ACUUCACGCACCGUUAACCUAAUAGCGAUAUGAUGCAAAUUGAUGAUUGAUGAAUACACGAUUGUAUCAGUGAUAUCUUUUGCAAAGAUUUAUUAUGGAGCAACUUAGCGAAGGACAGGCGGUAGUAGUCGGUAGUACCGGUGGAGCUGUACAAGUUGUUCAAAUGGGCCAAGGUGGACAAACUAUGAUGCUUCCACAAGCGAUACAAGUAGCAGCGACACAAGUAGCGCCUAAUGGACAGAUCCAAGUUGUUCCAGUUUCUAGCCUGACCAGUACUGGUCAACAGAUAGUUAUUCAGCAACCACAAACGCCACAAAUUAUUCAAACUCCCGAUGGACAAACCUACAUCUAUCAACCUGUACAAUUAGAAGGUCAAGUGCAACAAGCCCAACCAACAGUUAUAAAUCUUAAUGGUAAUCUCAUGCAAAUUGCUGGUACAACAUCACAGACUGCAACUACUGCUGCUAGUACAACCCCAGUACAACCUUUGGGUAGUCCUACGUCAACAGUGUCACAAGGAGGGAAUGUUGUCAUGAUGGUACCAGGUAAUAGCGGACAAACACAGUUCCAAAGAGUGGCAUUGCCUAACGCUGAACUUCUCGAAGAAGAACCAUUAUAUGUCAAUGCAAAACAGUACAGACGGAUAUUGAAGCGUCGUCAAGCUCGUGCUAAAUUGGAAGCUGAAGGGAAGAUACCUAAGGAAAGGCCAAAAUAUCUCCACGAAUCUCGUCAUCGACAUGCGAUGAAUAGAAUUCGUGGUGAAGGUGGCCGUUUCCAUUCAGGUCAAGUGAAAAAACGAAAUAGACAAAAUGCAAAUCGCUCCACGAUUACCCAGCACAUCACAACCUCAACCAGCACCGAUAACGUUCAUGUAGCAAUAGCAGCUGCAAAUGUAGGUGUACAAUAUCACGACACAGACAAUAUGGUAUCCACGAUUGUACUUGAAAAGCCAAAUAUUCCUCUGCAAGAUAUGAUCUCUGAUGACGACAUUGUUACUUCAAACAGUCGCUUGAUGUAGAUAAUAUUUGGAAAAUAGUUGGAAAAAGGAACAAGAAUUAUGUGUCAGUGAUUAUAUUGAACAUCUACAUUUUUUGUAUGUGUAAAUAUUCUUG